AUGUGUCUGGCUUUCAUUGGGACAAUGUGCAGGGAGCUGGAAUUGAAGGCACUGCUGCUGCUAGCAUUUAAGAUGCAUAUGUUGCUCCAAAGCGGUGCUCAUGGAAGGCACACAUUCCACCCUGCAACUACAGCCCCCGCCUCCAUCAAUAUAGAUGAUGUACUCGAUGAUGCUGAUGGGGGCCUUAACUUUCCCAACAUGGAUGUAGACCCUAGCAGGGGCAGUGUCUCUACUGGAGUCACUCACCCUAGCAAUGUGCCAGACAUGAGCACUGACCUGAUGGUGCCACCUAGUAUCAGAGCCUCUGCUACUACUACUGGCUCCCAGUCCAGUAAACGCCUGUGCACCAACACUCUACUCAACCACCUGGAGACAUUGUCUCUCCCUUUCAGUGGCACCCCCAUAUCUAGCCAUCCCAAUACUCCACAGUUGUCAUCUCUCCCACUUUCAUCAACAUUGGUGCCCUCCACUCAGUUACAGGUCUUCAAGAAGGCUUGA